UUCUGUGCGAGUGCUGAUGACAGAGGCAACAAAUAUUCUUUUUUACUCUUAUCAAAGUACGUAGAUAAUUCAACGAGUUUCACCUGCAUGACAAAUACAGUCGUUAUUCCGAUAAAUAUCACGACAUGUUUGGUAAAAAGAAAGAGCCAAAGAGACAGUCCAAAUCUGGAAAUCUUGCCCAGGUAAAACUCAUCGAUAAUUAUGGAAUAUUCCAAGUACCCGACAGUUUGGACGAUCUCGGUGGUGCGGGAGAGGACGAGGACGACGAAGAUUUGGAAGCUGAAUUGGCUGCUUUAACGAGUUGCGACGAUAAUACAACGACGACGACCAAGCAUAAGGGUAAGGUUCACAGGAAAGAUUCUUCCGCCUUGGAUGCAAUGGUUUCUGAAAGUAUGAAAGAUGUAGAGGAGGAGGAGGAGGAUAUUUCUGACGGAGAAGACGAUCCAGAUUUACUGGAAGAACUCAAUAUGAUUACCGAAGAUGACCAAGAGAUAAAUCUGGAUGAAAAAGAUCCUGAGAAUAGCCCUACUAAAGAGUAUGACGGUUCUAUGGGAGACGAUAGGUUAAAGUUGUUACAAGAAAGAUUAGAACUUUAUCGAAGGGCAGAGAAGAAAGCAAAGGAACAAAAAGAAGCUGGUAAGGCCAGGAGAUUUGAUAGGGGAAUUAAAACGUUGCAACAAUUAUUGAAGGAUGCUCAGACCGGUGGUGUUAUAAAUGAGGCCAAUAUUCCACCUCCUUUACCUCCUUCGGCUGUAUCUGAAUUCUCCGAGCCAGCUACGGACGAUGGUGCAUCCUCCGAACUAUCAAAGGAAAAUCCCUCGUCGGUGAGUCCUGAACGAGAUAAUGAUUCAGAAGUUGGUCAAGCGGCACCGGCGGUUGUUCAGGUCGAUCAGGAAGCAUUAGCUUUGUUAAAUAAACGACAGCAGGAAUAUAAGAUUGCUGCCUUGGCAUGGAAGAAAGCUGGUAACAUUCAAGAGGCUAUGCAAUAUGUAAAAAUUGCAAAACAAUUUGAUAUAGUUAUAGCGGCAAUUAAUGCCGGAGAAGCAAUCGAUUUGUCCGAUAUGCCACCUACGCCAAUCGGACCUUCCGUGUCAGCUUCCAUGUCUCCUCCUGCGUCAUCCUCCGUUGAAAAGGAAGACGUUGAAGUUCAGCAACGUGCCGAGCCAGAUAAAAUACCUUCUUCGAAUAAAAUUGAUGAAUUAACCGAACAACGGUAUGGAAUAGAAAAUAUAGAAGGUGCUCUUAAAGAGCGCCUUGACGUAUAUAAGCGAACAAAAGCGAUCGCCGAGAACGAAGGAAAUUCUUCGAAAGUUCGAAGAUACGGCCGUAUUUGCAAGCAGUUCGAGGAAGCGAUUAAAUUACAUGCACGUGGCAAAUCCGUACCUCUGGAUGAACUUCCUGUUCCGCCGGGUUUUUCGCCACUUUCUAUUCAAUCGGCCGUAUCAGAAGCAGAGAGACCGAAGGAAGAAGAUGAAAAAUCCAAACCGAAAACUAAUUCAGAGGGAACGUCCGGGACAAAUGCGCCACCUCCUCGAGCAAAUAUAGCGGUAAAUAAAAAUCCAAAGCACGCUACGCGGGCGGAUAAACAGAUGGCAAUGUUGCAACAACGUCAAUACGAAUUGAAAGAGGCCGCGUUAAAAGCCAAAAAGGACGGAGAUUUGGACUUGGCACGCGAUUAUUUGAGACAAGCUAAAGGAAUACAGCCCUUGAUUCAAGCCAGUAUGGCUGGUUUACCGGUCGAUAUGAAUUCUAUACCCUUAUCGCCAGUUGCCAAAAUGGAACUUAGUGCGAACGGCUUGACCGGUCAAACGGACGAAAAUUUCCAAUUGAUCUUCGGCGAAGACUGUUUCGAGGAACGGACUGGAGGAACUGACGAACAAAUUUACGAUAACUUGGAGAACCAAUUGAUUAAACAAAUAAAAUUGUGCCUUUCCACGAGAGAUCAUUCGAAACAAUUGGGAGACGUUCCGGGAUAUAACAGAUGGGAACGACUCGCCCUAGGAUAUACUCGGGAUUUGGAUAUGUUACGGGUUAGAAGACGCGAUGCGUUACCGGCCCCGUUGCAUCACUAUGAGACAAAGACAUAUGCGAUAGUACAGAGUUGUACCGACUUGAACGAUAGCGAUAUUGAAAUUUCGAUAAUAAGGGGUAUCAAUUAUCCACGGGAUGCUGAUACUUACGUCAUGUUUGAGUUUCCCUAUCCCUCGGACAAUCCUCCUGCAGACAGAACAUCGACGGUUAAAGGUACAUGCAAUCCCGAGUACCAAGCUGUCUUUCCCUUAACAGGAAUCCUAGAUCGUAGCUCGCGCCAAUGUCAACGGGCAUUCAAACGACAUGCUCUCAAGUGUCAAGUUUGGGCGAAAGGAUGCUCGCUGAACCCCAUCCUGUGUUGCACUCAUCCAAGAGGAUUUUUCAGAAGCGACAGUUUACUGGGUACCGUGACAGUAAAAUUGCAAUCACUUGAGAUGCAAUGUAUUCUACACGAUUCAUUUCCAUUAAUGGAGGGGAGGAAGCCAACAGGAGGAAAGCUCGAGUUGAAGAUGCGCCUUAGAAAUCCGAUUAUCACGAAACAGAUAGAACAAAUGACCGACAAAUGGUUGAUCAUCGAUAACUGAUGCUUUUUCGUUUCGUCACCGAAACAAAAUCGACAUAAUGCACUCGCAUUUAAUUUGGCAAGAUACGCACUGUGGUUUUUCUACAUAAAUGUAGAACGUCGUUCUCUUAGCCAGUGAUAUUAUUUAUCUCAAGCAAGCGAACAUGUAAAUGUGUAAAAUUAAUCGAUUAUCUUAUCCUCGUAGAUAGACAAAUACAUAUAUGUA